AUGCCGCGCGGGAAGAAUGAUUUCUACCUGCGCUACUAUGUUGGGCAUAAAGGAAAAUUCGGCCACGAGUUCCUUGAGUUCGAAUUCCGUCCUGACGGCAAGCUGAGAUAUGCGAACAACUCCAACUACAAGAACGACGUUAUGAUCCGAAAAGAGUGCACCGUGAAUGCCUGUGUGCUGGACGAGCUGAGACGGAUAAUUGACGACAGCGAAAUUAUGCAAGAAGAUGAUACCAUGUGGCCCCCACCGGAUCGUGUUGGUCGACAAGAACUUGAAAUCGUGAUGGGAGACGAUCAUAUAUCGUUCACAACUUCGAAAAUCGGCUCACUGGUAGACGUGAACACGUCCAAGGAUCCAGAAGGAUUGAGGUGUUUCUACUACCUCGUACAGGAUCUCAAGUGUGCAGUGUUUUCGCUGAUUGGCCUACAUUUCAAGAUCAAGCCCAUAUAA